AUGGGUAUGAAGAGUUUUUUUACUGGAGUUUUUCUCAUUUCAAGUGUGUAUCUUCUUUUCAUACACCAAUUUCAAAACGUUUCGGCCGCUCCAGGAAAUGCAAAUAAUGUCGAUUCACACAGAUUAAGGGCCAGGCCUUUUGCUAGGCUAACUCCCCGGACUCAGUAUAGCCGGAUUAAGGCCGAGCCUUUUAACGAGUUUAUAGUCGACGAUGACGAUCUUUUCGAGCUCUCAAAACGGCAAACUUCGGACGAUUAUGGACAUUUACGUUUUGGAAAACGGGGAGAGGAGCCGUUUGAUGACUACGGACAUAUGAGAUUUGGAAGAAGCGGCAGCGAUUAAGCCAAUAAAUUAUUUAUCGUUGUGUUAGUUAUCGCAGUUUUGUGUAAUGGCUGGUAAUAAAUUUUGCAAUGUAA